AAGAGACUUUUUAGAUAUCGAAGUAACGAGAAAUAAGAGAACUAAGAUGUAGCCAUUAUUUCAAGUCAACGGUCGUUUUACUAACCGACGUUCAGCCAAGGAUCGUUUGCCCACAUAGUAAGCUGUUGCAAGAAAUGCUGCAGGAGAGUUUAGGCGGUGCUGGAGAUUCUGCUGCUAGCGCCAAGAGAGCGCAAGCUCAGGCUCAGAAGUUGCUACAACUCGCUUCUGUCAGACCGAAUGCAUUGACUCUACGUGAAUAUCGUGAGGGGUUGGAGGAAUGUUUGAAGCCGGAGGGCAUACCCACUAUGAAACUUCUUGGGUUCCAACUCGCUGCAAUCGCUCCCGGCUGCUGCACGCACGAAGUUUGGAGAUUCAUCAUGGAAGCUGUGGUGACUGAACUCGGUAGUUCCGAGAACACGUCGACGUUGGGUGCUGCAGUUCAAGUGCUUAAGCAGGUUCCAGUGCCUCUUGUGCUCGGGUUUUUGCUGUCUCCUGAAAGGGAGCCCAUGAAUAAGCUGCGUUCGGUUUUGACUCAUGAAGACGUCGAGGUUCGUUGCAGCGCAAUUGAGACGCUGUCGCAAUUAACGUUAGAUGUGGCUAUCAGUAUCGCUGGAGAUGGGUUAUUCGUGUUUCCAUUCGAGUCUCACGAAGCUCGAAUUUGCUGUCAGCAAGAUCUGGAGACGAUGGUCAACGAUUGUUGGAAGCUCAUUUUGCAUUCUCUGUCAUUUGACGGGCAGUCUUCAAGUGCUUUAUGGGCUGCUGGUAUGGCGUUCACGGCUUUAACGAGUUUAUUUGCACGUUGUAGCACGAUGACAUCAUUCUUCCCAAGUAUUCAGGAAUCUAUCCGCGUUCAAGCACCUAUAGACGAUGUCGCCUCCAUGGUCUACAAGCAGGCAUUCCCGCGUAUUCGAGCGUUGAUAGCCACAGCACGUAGUCAACCCAUGAAGCAGCAGCCAGAUGCUAUGCUGUGGAUUUCUAUGCUGCUGUAUACGAUGAUGGAACGCAGCGGUGCGAGAUGUCCAAGUGUAAGUGUCCCGUACAUGGAAAUCGAUACUGAAGAUAACAAUGCCGAAGGUGCAGACGACGACGACGAACCGCAUGCGUCCACCGAGCCUGUUCCAGUUGAUGAACUGGUGCGUGAUCUGCUCGAAUCCUGGGCAUUUCCUACAGUAUCCAGAAGAGUAUCGCUGGCACAAGCUACUAGUAUGUGUCGUGCUAUCUUCAUCGUCUUGGCGCAUCCCUUACAGACGUUCACGCGCAUGCGUUGGGCCGCUCAACUCGCCAACCACCUCAUUGCUCAGUGCUAUUUGGCCAACAGGAGUAACAGCAACAACAAUGGCGCAUCUAGUGCAGAGCUCAAGAUCGAGCUGAGUGUGAUGUUGGUGAAAACGUUUGCCUGGCAGUCUGGCGUUAACUGCCAGUCUCUCUUCGUACGAACAACCGAAGCGCUUUACCUUUUAGAUCAUGAAAAAGACCGACGCGAUCUCGUACAGUUCUUCAUGGACACUAUCGUCAGUUAUGUUAUCGUCAACCGAGACUUUCAGCUACUCCAAGGACUUUGCACAAUGACGUUCUUCAGACAGCCAAAGGGAUUCUCGCGGUUAUCACCGCCCACCAACGGCUCCGAAGUGUUCCGAGCGCUUUUCCAAGCUCUCUCCAAUACCAUGGAGUUGUCUUCACCUCGACGAAAUAUGGAGCACCAGAUAUCGCAACUUAUUGCCUUGAGAGUCUUUCGAGGGUUGUUGCUACUAAAACUAGGUGGCUCUGCUACUACCUCGCCGAAGGCGUAUCUUCGCUCCUGUGAAAUCAGCGAGAACGUCGUUUACUACACAGGAUUAUUGACUUCACACUUUCAGGAUAUGCUUGCCUGUCCCGAACUAGCACUUCGUGAAUCACUUGACUUUUUUCAGCACGAAUUGUUCCCGACUAUGGACCAGAUAGCGUCACAAUGUGCCCGUCUUCAAAUACUUUGGAUUGGCGUUCGUCUACAUCGAAAUUACGCUUCGCACGUACCUUUUGAUGCUCUGGUGCGAGAGCUGCAGUGUGAGACUGGCCGGUUGUUCACUGCUAUCUGGAACGAUGACGACGAGAUGGAAGGAGCAACUUUCGACGACGGGUUACUUGGUGGUGCUAGCGCCGAGGACAUACCUGGAAGUCGGGAACGUGCAGGUGAUGCGAACACCGUCGACGCACUGAUGGUACUUGGUGACUGUAUCACAUUACUAGCAGAGCUACAGCCUCAAACGCAACCGCAAUUUCUUCAAAUGUGCGAGAAAAUGAUUGCAACGUUAUCAGCUUCAGGAAGCGCCCCAGCGAUCACAUCUCAACAGUAUCAUGUUAUUGAGAAUGUCAUGACACUCCUCUCGACUCCAGGAAACUUAACAUCAGAACUUGAGACUCAAAUGUCGAAAGAAAUAUUUGACCCUCGCGAUAUAUUUCUACCUCGGAAACACUUUCAUGAGCAUCGGGAAAUUUCCAAAGAUGAACAAUAUCGAGAGCCGGUCACUGUCACAGGUAGCUCUGAUCCUGUCUCCAUUCGGAUAUCACACCACCAUCCCCUGUCUGGAAAGGAAGAUGUGGUUACAUUGGACGUCAGUUGCUGCAAUCUCACUACUUGGGCUUUGAACGACCUGGAAAUUCAGUUUCGUCCACUUGGAGGAGUAGGAGUUGUUCAGUGCGUCGGGGCUUCGAAAGAUUUAAAGCUACGUAUGCUACGUUCCGGCGAGACCGUCAGCGUUGGUACAAGCGGAGGAAGUACGAGUUUACCACCAUUUGGUGUGAUCAAAGCCCAGAAGCAGUUCCGUGUAUGUAAAUUUACACAAGCUGUCUUUCUGAUGCAAGCGGUGCUAGUCCAAGAACCUAGCCAAGACGGAGAGGAUACGGGAGACGUUCCUGCGGAGGCGACAUCUCCGACGCCAAUUUAUCUGGCAUUCAGUAACCGAUACGUGCUACAUUUCGACAUACUACUCCGAUGCCCGCAGUCUCAGUUCGCAAAUGCUGCAUUCUUCCGACACUGCUGGCAAAGUGCUAACUCGGGUGUUUUGUGGCGGGUCAAGGCGCCGGAGUCGCAAGCACGGAAACUUGGGAUUUGCCAGCACGCACUCCAUGUCAUGAAUGCUACACUUGCUGUAGUUUCUGAGUUACUACUGGAUCUACCAAUGUACUUUCACAUUUCAAUGCUCACUCAGACGCGAUGGGGCGCGUACAUCAUCGCGACAUUGACAAUGUGCCUCGAGUCGGAUUCAAGUUGGUCUGGUAUACUGGAAGUCCGCUCAACCUCUGAGAACAUCCGCGAGUUCAAGAAGUGGCCGAAAGAUACAACUCGUCUCUUUAGCGGAGAUCUUGUGCAGCUCUGCAAUGAGCCAGUGACAUCUCGUGAAACCGAGCAGCCAUCCACCUCACUCAGCAACGCUGUCAAUGCUACGGCCCCAUUGCCAACAGAUUCAUCUACAUUCGACAACGCAUUCUCCAACCCAGUACCUGCUCCCAUGCAGCCGAUAGAUCCAUCCAUGACCAGUGCCGCCUCAACUUUCGCGCAGGACGUGCGAUCCGCCACGAGCUCCCACAAAGACAUGAGUGUCCCCACUGACCGAAUGUCUUCUUUCGCGCGCAGCCAACCAGAGCAAACGCGAGCACCAGAGGCCACCCCAGCUGAUGAACAAUGGGGUAACUUCUUGUAACAGGUUAAAGAGGGAUAACUUGUUAAAGG